CUCGCACACUCACACCCACACCUGCACCCACACACUCACUCGCACCCACAACCCGCCCCAGCACCCACACCAUGGCCGCCUCCACCCUGUCCGUCUGCUCCAGCGACCUGAGCUACCGCGGCCGCAUCUGCCUGCCCGGCUCCGGCGACUCCUGCCCCGACCCGUCCUGGCAAGUGGACGACUGUCCUGAGAGCUACUGCGAGCCCCCCUGCUGCGCCCCGGCCUCCUGCCUGACCCUCCUCUGCACCCCUGCGAGCUGCGGGUCCAGCCCCUGCCCACCAGCCUGCCCCGGCUCCUGCCAGCCCUCCUGCUGCAACUCCUCCCCCUGCCAGGAGGGCUGUGGUGCGUCUGUCUGCUGCAAGCCCGUGUGCUGCACCCCUGUCUGCUGCACCCCUGUCUGCUGCAAGCCCCUCUGCUGUGAGGCAUCCCCUUGCUCAGCCUCCCCCUGCUGCCAGCAAUCUAGCUGCCAGCCCUCCUGCUGCAGCGCCUCCCCCUGCCAGGAAGACAGCUGUGUGUCUGUCUGCUGCAAGCCUGUCUGCUGCACCCCCGUCUGCUGCACCCCUGUCUGCUGCACCCCCGUCUGCUGCAAGCCCGUGUGCUGUGAGGCCUCCCCCUGCUGCCAGCAGUCUAGCUGCCAGCCCUCCUGCUGCAGCUCCACCCCCUGCCAGGAAGACAGCUGUGUGUCUGUCUGCUGCAAGCCCAUGUGCUGCACCCCUGUCUGCUGCAAGCCCGUCUGCUGCACCCCUGUCUGCUGCAAGCCUGUGUGCUGCACCCCUGUCUGCUGCAAGCCCGUCUGCUGCCAGGCCUCCCCUUGCUCAGCCUCCCCCUGCUGCCAGCAGUCUAGCUGCCAGCCCUCCUGCUGCAGCUCCUCCCCCUGCCAGGAAGACAGCUGUGUGUCUGUCUGCUGCAAGCCCAUUUGCUGCACCCCUGUCUGCUGCAAGCCCGUCUGCUGCCAGGCCUCCCCUUGCUCAGCCUCCCCCUGCUGCCAGCAGUCUAGCUGCCAGCCCUCCUGCUGCAGCUCCUCCCCCUGCCAGGAAGACAGCUGUGUGUCUGUCUGCUGCAAGCCCAUCUGCUGCAAGCCUGUCUGCUGCCAGGCCUCCCCCUGCUGCCAGCCCAGCCCCUGCAGACUCUCCUCCUGUGUGUCCCUCCUCUGCCGCCCCGUGUGCAGGCCUGCCUGUUGCGCCACCCUCUCCCCCUGUCAGCCCAGCUGCUGCCGCCAGGCCUCCAGCGUGUCCCUGUUGUGCCGCCCCGUGUGCUCCCGCCAGGCCUGCUGCGGCCCCUCCUCAGCCCAGAAGUCCUGCUGCUAAGUGAUCUUCAUAAGAGCACCCAAAGCUCUAGAGCCCACCUGCACACCCUGGAUUCUUUACUAAGCACCAAGCAUCCAGUCCUCUUCCCUGGGCUCCUGCAGUGGACACUGGUCACCUGUUUCCCAUGGUGCAUUUGUUCCACUGACUUUCUUCAGGUACUAACUUUCCCCUAGUCAAUAUGCCCUGCCUCCUCCACCUGGAUUGGCAGUGACUUCAGCAAGGCCAGCUGGGCUCCCCCAAGCCUUUGAACCUCGUGGAGUGAAAGGAGACAAGAUAAAGUGUCUUUUCCAGAGCUGGUUUCUCACUAUUGCCCCUGGACCCGGUAUGGCCCUGGCUCCUCCACUGAUUCUUGAGCUUAUUUCUUCACCAACCCUCAUUCUGUAGCUGUCAGUCCCUCCAAUAAAUUCCUUUUUUGAUCAAGUUAA